GUUGGAGAUAUUCAGCUGGUAACUAGAAACUCUUUACUAAUAUUGACUAAUGUUGCUUGUAGAAUACUACCUAGCUCACGCAAUGACGUUCAUGUGAACCUCAUACCUUUGUAGCACAAUGCGUGCUUGGUUGCUAGCUUUGGAGGGAGACUACGAAGACUUUGGAGUACCUAAAGGCUGUAUUCUUUAGGUUACCAAAACAAAUCCUCAGCAAAGCUAAACGGCUUCUAUUGUAGACUUGUCCUCCUUGUCUACCGUUUCUAAUCAUUUGAUAUUGCUAGAGCUGGUUUGAUCUGUAAACCUCAAGUCCAUCACAAGCUUAGCGACAAUGUCGACAACCCAAGACUUCGAGGCACUCCUCGUGCCUAUGCAGCUGGAUGCCUUUAUUCUCAAUAAAGCUGUAUGCGGCACUGGAAAGAAAUACGAUAUGAGUGCUCAUAUCUGUCCCAUCACACAGCCUAACUAUACCUUUUUGCGCCUAGAAAACUUCCUGAUCCAAAGCGAUAUCCAAAAUCACGCCGACUUACACAACACGGCUCCGGCUGAAGUAAAUUCGCGUAUGACGGACCUAGGCGCGCGUCCUAAUCCCCAGCCAUUACGCCAUCGCUAUGGUGUUUAUGUCCAUUGGACGCUACCACGCUUCUACCGGUCAGGAGUGGCAUCUAGCGAGACAGUGCCUGAGGUUUCGCGUAAGCAAGAACGGCUUCAACGUGGAUUAAAAGCGACGCCCUCAGGGACCGAACAGCCUGCCCUUACUACGCCUGAUUUUGUUCAACCACCUACGCGUUGGGUUGUGGUACGUAGGAUCGACAUCGACAGUAUUCAACCAGAAACAGCCAAACCGGCGUUUGUCGGCCGUGAAUAUGAGGCAUGGGUGGUGGAAAGUGACCAUUUGUGGUCACUCGACGAGAUCCCGCUCAAUGUCGACUUGCAGACAGAUGUGGCACCUUUUGUCACAGGUAAAUCGGGCUCAGACGUCAAUAUUGAGGAGCAGGCUGAGGUUUUCAUCGGACGCAAGACACCGCUAGCUGAAUGGACUCCCGACGACCCCAAUUCGAACGUCCAGCCACCCAAUAUCAGCCUUUUACGCAGCGGCAACCAGCUCUUUGCCGAUUUUCAGAUGCACAACUCGAACGUCUUCAGCAUUCUUGAUAAUUUUGAGUACGCCGAUGAAAGCGGCAAGCCUCAGUAUCUAACCCAUGCUCAGGCUAGCUACUAUCUCCUGGGCUGGCAUUGGAAGGACGAUACCGACCCGCUCUGGAACUCUACCAAAUCCACUGCACAUGGGGCAAGCUUGGAAUCCCUCUUUAUGAAAAUGAAAGGUGCCGAUGGGAAUCCGGAUGACUGGAGCGACUGGCUAGACGAUACGAGUCAACUGAGAGCAUUAUGCCACGGCGCUAUGUACGACGUGAUUUGGGAUGAGGAUAAGAAGCCUGCUACAACGCCGGCAGACGGGUACAAUGCGCGCAUCAGCGACCCGACGCAAGCAGCCGUGUCAGUUGGAACUACUCCCAUGGAUGCACUAAUAUCUUAUUGCCAUGCUCGCAAGGGUGAAGGUAAUAUUGACCAGUUAGAAGAGGAUAUUCUUGCACUCGAGUCAUUACUGCUUUCACGCGACGACGGUGUCGAAGCGCAACGUGAGGCUAAGAAUACCAUCUACAAUUGGUCCUUCAAUCGCUCACCUGGAGGAUCACAUUUCCACUUCUCGGGCGAGGAUGAAUCUGGUAAACAGCCGGUCGAGCCUGAGCGACUGGCUGUUCUGAAGCUGUCUGAAUUAAAUCAAACACAGAGCCUAUUAGACAGCUGCAGCACUGCCAUGAAGCAAUACCGCUGGGACAUGUUCGCGCUGUGGUGGGGUUUUAUGAGCGACGUGGGCAACGGCGAGGGCAGCAGUAACGAAACCGAGACUGGGGAAUACCAAAAGAAAGUAAAUGCCCUAGCAGAACAUAUAGGCAGCUUGCAAAGCCGCAUAGACCAGUUGCAAAAAAAGAUUGCAGAUUUACUAAACCCGCAAGAUGGUUCACAGAACCUACUAGAGACAGCUAAAGCGGCAAGCAAGCCUGUCUUCUACCGUGCAAACGACCCGACGGUCCUCAUUGGUGGCAUCCCAUCUGGUUGGCCUAUUGAUUACCUGGAUAAGGUAGCUGUCCGCGCGCCGGCUCAGACCAUUCCCGCCAACGACGCUUCUAAUCUACCGGCUGCCUUAAAGGACUUGUGUGAUCUUCUAAAAAGGCAGCUCCCUGAUAUCCUUGGGGCACCUGCUAGUUCUUUAGUAACUGAGUUCUACGUCAUCCAACAAGAUGAUAGUAGUUCUAACGAGCCACCUGCGGGUACAUUUUACCCCCAGUUUCAUGAUCCCAAUACCGCCGUUUCGGAUGGGAGUUUACGCGACCAAUGGGGAAACCGACAGCCAUGGUUCCCCCUUUACGUCGAGUGGGAAACUGAGUACACGCAUGUACCUUUCAGCUAUUGGAAGCUCAGCGAACAUACGGCCCGUCUUUCAGUCAACGAAAUGGUACGCUACGGUAUCACCGUUCCCUCCACGGACGGCCAGGAGCCACCGCCACUAUGGAAGGCGCUACUUGAUGAGCAGAAAGUCAAUGGCCCGGACACGCGUGUGCUGUCUGGUCGGGUACUCAUCUUGCCGCAGCCUAGCUUCUCGCUUGGAGCUAAGAUAGCGCAGCUCUUUGACAACACACCGCCAGAUAUUCUGGACAAGUAUUUGUCGAAGGAGCAGCGUGAAAACUUACGUGCAAACGUAUCAAAGCUGUCAUACCUGUCGAUGCCGCUCUCUGGCUUUACUAAUGGCAUAGUAACACUAGCAGAGGGCAGCCACAUCAAACCUGAAAAUAAGACUAUUGACUCGGGGGUCGAAUCAAGCUCGGCUAUUGCUGCAGCAGUUAAUGAUAAGGCAGGUUUAAGUAAAGAACACAUUGAGCUAAUCAAGGGAGAGUCGGCCUCAACGCCGUACGUAGCUUUAGCCAACUUCCUCGACAGUGCAUGGUGCCCCUUUAAACCUGUGACCCAUGGGCAGUUUAGGUUCCGCAAGCUCAACAUCAUAGACAAGUUUGGCCAGGCUUUAGUUCCCAUCGAUCAAAAUCCCCAAGUCGAUGGCCCUCCACCCUUAUAUCCUUGUAUCAGUGAUUUCUAUGAGCCGCAAACCAUCAAGCUCGGGGACCAGGACUACGCCAACACAGUAAUCGAGGAUACCGCUGCCCAAUGCGAGUUCCUCCAACUUCCACCCCAAAUUAACCAGAACGCACGUCUUAACGCUAGCUUUGUCAAGCGUGUUUCCGACGAUCCAGACGACGAAAAAAACGGUUUCGGAGCUCUUAAGACACUUUCUAGUGAACCGGCUGGAUCGGCUACCUGGCGCCCGGCAUCUGAGUGGGAGAACCCAAUCUGGGGUUGGAUUAUUACAAAUUAUGCCGACUACGGUAUCCAACUGUUCUUAGCAGACGGGACCUUUUACCGUGAAGUUCGCUUCGGUGGACCUCUUGGGACGUUGGACGCGCCGAAGUGGCUACCUUUUAGUCCCGAUAAGGAUACCCAACCGACUCCAGAGACACGCCAGCUCGAUGCCCUCGUCAACAAACUCGUCGAUCGUGACUACCUCCAGGGCUUCUGGACCAUGAUAACGAAAGCACAAGAGACGCUGUCGGCUGCACCGAAUGACUAUGCGCAGUUUCUCAACUCUAUUGUGGGCAAGCCAUUAGCCCUAGUUAAUACGGGUUGGUCUCUCGAGCUCGACUCGCCGCCGCUAAAAAAUCAGAGUACCAGGACCAAGGUCAUGGAUCCAGAGCGCGACCUGACGAAGCCAACCGACGAUAAAGAUUACUAUCAGUUUCAAGUGCGACUAGGAGACCGCGAUGCUACCUAUGACGGGCUAGUGGGAUAUUUCGAUACGACAGCUCCAGGUACUGACGAGCUCAAUCUUGACUACAUUAGGACGUUCUUUGCUCCAGAUGACAAGGAAAUUGUGCCACUAAAACCUCUCAACACCAACGAAUAUCCACUCUUCACACCCUUCUGGGAGCCCCCCUUCCCAACCGAGCCUUCCUAUAGUAACCCAAUUGAGCCGGCAGACUUCGAUAACCGUCGCAACGCACGGAUGUCAGUCUUCGGUGCUAUCAUCGACCCAUUUACACCUAUACACGCGUAUUCAUCCUUCCUACCAGCGUCAGAACUACUGCUGCCAUCAUGGACGUGGCAGAAGGCUAUGAAUACUAUGACUGCAUUCUUCCAUGCGGGACCCCUGACACUACCACUCAGUGACGUGCCACCUUAUGAUCGCGCUCAGGUUCUUACGACACAGAAUGCUAGGGACAUUCCCAAGCGUGAUCUGCCCCUACUGUCGCUUGGCGCGGGCGACUGGAGCUGGUUCGAGCCGUACGCCGCUGAGGGAGAUGGGGACGGUGAUGCUGUAUUCAACCCCUUUGGCAUUGAGAAAAGGGGUGAUUUGACAAAGCCCGGAUUCCAGAACGGCCCGUAUACCGCCAUCGAGGGAUUCUUGCAGUUAAGGAAUCCUAUAAUGAUGCCCAAGGAGUAGAAGACACGGGAGGAGACUCCAAAGUAUCUAGUUUGAUAAAUCUCUGCGUUAUUAAGGAUCUCUUAUAAAUGGAUACUUAUUAUAACACGUUUAUUACGGUCGCCACUAUAAGAUGUGAAC